CAUAUGCUCAGCAGUUGUUCUCGCCCCUUUUAUAGAAGAACUUUUACCCCGACAGGACGCACGCCUACGCUUUCUCUGCUAAGCAACGAUGCGACUGCUUGUCUUGCUGUUGGUGUUUUCGGUUAUAGAGGGCUCCCUCCAGCAGCCGAAAGGAACCGAAGACGCUUCUCGAGGAAACGUACGGGAUAGAGAAGAUCGCAAUAAAAAGCAAGAAAGAAGUGAAAAGAAUGAGACAAAGAAGCAACAGAGGAAAAUUGACCGUAUGACCUUAAGGAAUGAAAGAAAGAAUGUCGGAAUCCAGGACAUUUGUGGGGAGAACAUCAAAUUGAGUUAUGGUCAAUCUGCUGUCUUUUAUAGCGACAACGAUCAACUCGCUAUGAAAUGCAAACUAAAAGUAAAGACACCUCCGGGCACUGAGAUCGGAUUAAACUGUAUGACCUGGAACAUUUACCGUGGCAGCUGCAAAAAGGAAUCCUUGUUUAUCAAAUACAAAUCAAAUACAGGACGAAGGGAAAAGCUGCUGUACUGCGAAAACGUCAGCCCCGUGAACAGACUCUACCGGACGAACAAACUCUUAAUGACGUAUAAAAGACAAAGACUCGAUGUCACUGAGUUUUCUGGAGGCUUUGUCUGUGAAGUUUACACAGUUGGAGGAUCAGCUAGGCCCUAUUGCGACGGCUGCGGCUUCAUGUCCAUCAAGGUUGACAGCAACAGGAUCGUGAACGGCAGUGAUGCCUCCCCGAGAGAAUACCCUUACCAGGUGAUCGUGCGGCCAUCAAUAGGCACGAAGGUGUACUCUUGUGGAGGCUCCAUUAUCAAGAGAAACUGGAUUCUUACGGCUGCCCACUGCUUCUUCGAUCUAGACACCGGUCUGAGAGCGUCUUCCGUGGAAAUUCGUUACGGGUCUAUUAAUUACUUCUUAGGAACCUCCGUAACGUCAACAGACUUCAUCACGCAUGAAGAUUACGACAACGGAACAUGGGCCAACGACAUCGCGGUGGUGAGACUCCCUGAGCCGCUGCAGUACCAGAGCGACCCAAAUAUUCGACCGAUUUGCCUAGGGUUGGACGAGGACAAUCUCUUCUCCGGGAAGGGUGUGGCUACCGGUUGGGGCCGCCUGUCUUAUGGUGGUUCUAGCCCAACGAUCCUGCAAGAGGUCGAGUUGGAUAUAAUUUCCAUGAGCGAGUGUGCAGCUAAGAUCCGGUUACCUGCUGAACCCGAAAAGGUCCUGUGCAGUCUAACGCCCUAUAAGGAUACAUGUCAGGGUGACAGCGGCAGUCCUUUUGUGGUGCCUGUUGGAUUUGGAAGGUGGGUCCAGGUGGGCCUGGUCAGCUAUGGGGUCGAGUGCGCAAGACCCGAAUACCCCAAUGUGUACACCAGGGUCUCCGCUUACAUAGACUGGAUCUCCUGUCAUACAGGCGGUUCUGAGUGUGACUCCGUGUAAUAACUGCCGCAGCGCCUUCGUCGGGGAGCAAAUUUCAGCGGCAGAUGGGAGUUCCUCAGCAUCGAUCAGCGUGACCAGCCUUUUCAAAGACUAUUGAAUAUUAAGAGAGAAAAAAAUAAGGGAAAAAUCUAUUUAUAGACCGAAAAGCAUGCACACCCUAAUAAAAUGCACAUCACUU